GUGGCCGGAAAGCGGAAGUACUGGAACUUCCGGUCGGCCUGGGGGUUCUUUGCGGUGAGCGUGGUCUGGCGUUUCUCAGGUAAACAAUGGCUAAAAGUUUACGGAGUAAAUGGAAAAGAAAAAUGCGUGCUGAAAAGAGAAAAAAGAAUGCCCCAAAGGAGCUCAACAGACUUAAAAGUAUUCUCAGAAUAGACUGCGAUGUUUUAAUGAAAGAUGUUCAAGAGAUAGCAACUGUUGUGGUGCCCAAACAGUUUGAAGAGAAAAUGGAAUGUGUGGCGAAUAAUGAUGAAAAAGAUUCAGAUGACAUGAAAAUGGAGACUGAGAUAAAGAGAAACAAAAAGACUCUUCUAGAUCAGAAUGGACAGUACCCAGUAUGGAUGAACCAAAGACAGAGAAAAAGGCUGAAGGCAAAACGAGAGAGAAGAAAGGGGAAAAGCAAAGCAAAAGCAGCAAAGGCUGCAAAGGGGUUGGCCUGGUAGACCCCGCCCCUGAAAAGCUGGCCACGUGGGACAGGCAUAGGAUUAGAAAG